CGCAACUACAAAAAGCCUGCUGCCUUCCCCCAGUGUCAGGGGAAGGAGGACUUCUGCAGGGCAAGCCCUGAUACCAGCCCACCUUAGCGCGCUUUGGGGUUGCAUAGCUUGAGACAUGCCUGAACAGAAAAGUGAAUUUGGGCCCCUCAAGACUCAGGUUUGCUUGCUGCUGGUGCUGUGCCUGUGCCAAUGGACACAGCAAACUCUGGCAACACCAUGCCAGGGGAGCGAGAUGAGAGUGGUCAGUAAGGGUGUAAAGAAAUGCUGCCCUAAAUGCAUCUCAAGCACAGGCAACAAGCCAUGUGCAGAAAUUGAGGACACGGACUGCAGAUGUCCUCAGGGAUACAGCUGUGCUAAUCGGGUCUGCGACUCCUGUCAAAAACUGCCUGAAUGUGCAGAAGGCGAGGAGCUGGUUAAGUAUGGCAUUAUUGACUACUCAUUUAAAUGUAAACCAUGUGAGAUAGGAACCUAUUCUAAUGUUAAGAAUAGCUGGUGCCAAAACUGGACUGAUUGUGAAAGUUCUGGGUUUCUAACAAUGAAGCGAGGCAACAGGACACACAAUGUUGUGUGUGGCUUCCCUGUUAAUUUGGAGCAAGAUGACUCUAUGUAUACCACCAUCCUGGCCAUAUUUACUGCAGUGGCUGUAUUUGUUCUCAUCUUGCUGACCUUCUUCUUGCAUUUCUGCAUCUGGUCACUGAAGAAAGAAAAAUACCACGUGGUUGACAAUGUGGAACAUAACUUCUCUAGGCUGCUGCUGGCUCCACAACCACCACACCACCGAGAGGAGACUUACAGCUGCCAGUUUCCAGAAGAAGAACAUGGCGACAAAACACCAGAAGAAAAGACUGGCUAUUUCCACCCUCAGAGUCCGCACUGAAAACAGAUAAAUUGCAAAGUGCCAUGAGAAUGAGGAACUGAGCUCAGCUUUUAAAAAAAAAGAGAAGAAAAAAAAAAAAGGGAGGGACUGGGUGCAUAAAGCAUCAUUAUGUACAUAGCAAUAAGGAAUGGGUUUGGGGGAGUUUUGCUUUGUUUCUUCUCAACAAAACUCGUGUUUA